AUGGCCACGACAAAACUUCAAACGUAUCCCCAGAAGCCCCGCGUCUUCAUCUUGUCCGACAUCUCGAAUGAGCCCGAUGAUGCUGAGUCGCUAUGUCGCUACCUGUUGUAUGCAAACCAAUUCGAGACCGAGGGACUUGUGGCAUGUACAAGCACUUGGAUGAAGGACAAAGUAUGCCCGCAGGACAUGGAGAAGAUUAUCGAUGCGUAUGCGGGUGCAGUUGAGAACCUGAACAAGCAUGUCCAUCCUGAUUGGCCCUACCCCAGCGCGGAGCACUUCAAAGCAUUGAUAAGAAAAGGUGCUGAGACGUAUGGCAUGUCUGCUGUUGGGCAAGACAUCCCUCUUUCUGCUGGAAGCCAACUACUGUACGAUCGUAUUGUCGCACCUUCGACACUACCACUGUGGAUCCUCUGCUGGGGCGGCACCAACACUCUCGCCCAAGUAUUGGUGAAGAUCGAUGACGAGUUCUCCCCCGAAGACUCUCAGCGCCUCCUGUCACGUGUGCGCGUGUAUGCAAUUUCUGAUCAGGACGACACAGGCGCAUGGAUUCGCAACAACUUCCCUGAUGUAUUCUACAUUGCCUCAAUACAUGGAUGGAACCAAUAUGGCAUGGCGGCUUGGACAGGAAUCUCAGGAGAGAAAUUUUACGGCUUCGACCAGGGUGGACCGGACUUCUCGAAGAUGGAGAAGAGCUGGAUCAAAGAGAACAUCCAGAUCGGUCCACUCGGUAGCGUGUACCCAGACUACCUCUUCAUCCCAGAAGGCGACACGCCUACCUUCCUUUACCUUAUUCAAAACGGUCUUGGCGUCCCCGAGUGCCCCGACUACGGAUCUUGGGGCGGCCGCUAUGCUCGAACGGACGUCAGCAGUGUAGGCUUGAACAGCAAUCACUACAGCGACACAGUAGACCGCGUCACAGGCCUUGACGGAAGAACGCACGCCUCGAACCACUCCACGAUCUGGCGCUGGCGCGAUGCCUUCCAGAACGAUUUUGCAGCCAGGAUCAAGUGGAGUAUGGAGCCCGGCUUCCAUAAAGUCAAUCACCAUCCCAUCGUCCACCUCAAUGGAACGAAGGAUCUUACGCCUGUGCGCAUCGACGCUGAAGCCGGGUCUUCCAUCACUCUCGAUGCCAGUGGUACCUACGAUCCCGACGGCGGUAACCUUGCCUUUAAGUGGUGGCAUUACCGUGAGCCAACCGCGACACAGUGGUGGAUAGACGCCGAAGUUGCGGAGUUGCAGAUUAGGAAGCUCGACGACGUGGGUAAGAAGGUUGAAGUCACGUUACCACCACCCGACAGGUGCGCGGUUGAGUUGAUGAGCAGAAAGCCAGUGACACAGGGACAACUGUUGCAUUUGAUUCUGGAGGUUACGGACGACGGCACGCCCAGUUUAACGAGCUACAGGCGUGUAUUGAUUCAGGUCACGAACAAGGAGCUCAAGGGUGGCAGCAGUGGCUCGGACGCGAUUGGCGAUCUGAUGAAAGACCUUAGUUGA